UCAUCCAACUUUCACUUCUUUGUGCUCUACUGAUGAUCCGAGUGAAAAAUCCUAUAAAUAUGUUCACUUCAGAGUAUCAUUUAAUAUCUCAAAGUAAUUAAUCAAAAGAAAAGAAGAAAAGUUAGCAAGUAGUAUUUUUAUAAUCAUGGCAGGAAUUAAUAAAUCUGGUGUUUCUUCUCUUUACUAUCCUUCAGCUGCAUUGUUUCUCAUGCUGAUGACUUUAGGAGCUGAAAUCAAGUCAGUUCGAUCACAGUCUUGCUUCCAGGAUAUUACUAAUCUCAACGUAUGCGCACCAUUUGUUCUUCCCGGGCAAGGUGUUGCAUUACCAACUGCUGAAUGCUGCGGCGCCCUGCAACGAGUUGAUCAGAGCUGUAUUUGUAACACUCUUCGCAUUGCUGCUCGUAUCCCUAGAGCUUGCAAUCUCCCAGCUCUAACCUGUGGUGAUGCACCAGAGAAAGAUGGAAAAUGGGUAGUACGUGAUAAUGAGAGCAAGAUAGCAGGUGUUUCACCUUAGUUUCAUUAUCUUGUUUUGGUCUUUGGAU